AUGGCCUUCCUAGUUAUGUGCAGCGAUGUACACGGUAUCCCCAUCCGCUCAACAAACCCGUUUGGUCUCAGUCGGAUGACCUCCAUCCUCGUCAUUGUUCGACCUGAUGCUGCUCCGGCUAUUCUCGUCUGGCAGAAUGACGUUAACAAGGUCUGGAAGGGGCUCGAGCCGAGCAUCGGGAGUCAAGUCAGAUUGAGGCUGUGCAGCAUCUACAAAUCCUUGGAUCAGAUGGGAAGCACCGUGACCCGAUAUUUGCCCCCGCACCGGCACAAACAACAGCCAGUAGUUGGCGGGAGGUCCAAAGCCCGUACGCUAGUAUUGCCCCCUACUAGCCGCGACCUGUGGCGUUUGGGGUGA